AUGGGCACCAAGUGGUUCAGCGGGGCGCCCUUCGGGGUGCAGAGCCACAGGUUUGAUGUCUCCGCUGUUUACCCCAACCAGAAGAAAUUCAGCACCUUCACGGAGGCCCCAUACUCCAGGCUUCAUUCUGUGGACCUGUCCCACAUAGGACCUGGGACCUACAGCUCCAAGGAGACCUGCUUUAGCAAGAAAAAGCUCAAAAAGGAGGUGGGCACAGGCUGGGCCAGGGCCGAGGAAGCCGUCCGGCUGACCCAGCUGCCCCACUUCCAGUACCAGGCCAUCAUGAAAGAGAAGCAGCUGCAGAAGGAGAAGCUGGGGCCCGGCUCCUACAACCUCAAAGACUUCUUAGAACUGCUGAAGGAGAAGCCCUGCAGCACCCGGGGGCUGCUCAGCUCGGGGGAGAUUCGUUUCCGAGGACCCAUUGGGAACUACUAUCCAGGCCCUGGAAAUUAUGGGGUGAAGGGCAACCCAUACACAAAGCUGGAGGAGAAAGCCUGCAGCCGCUUUCAUUCUGAGGGCCUCAUGUGUCGGGUGACCAACAAGGCGCCCCCCACGGCUCAUCAGGGGAGUGGUCUGGCACCAGGCACCUACUCUUUCAAAAGUGGCAUUGAGGCGUACCUGGCAAAAUCCGUGGGCACCCGCGGCUUUUACGACACGUUCUCUGGUGACCGCAGCAAGCCCCAGCCUUACGGACAUUACUCGGUGCAGAAAAAAAAGCCCAGGGAACUGAUGAACUUUACGAGCUUCGUGGAAGAACUUAACUCACGUCACAAUAAGAAGCAUGGGGUUUUUUCGAAAAUUUCUCGCAACCCGGAAACCCCUACAGAAAGGAUUUACUGGGCCACCCUUAGCCAGUGCCCCCGAAAACUAGCCACGUCUGGUCCCGGUUCGUGGCUUCCUCCAAAGAAGGAAUGCAGACACGUCAACCAGCCACCGUUCCUGCUGUCUUCCAAGCGGAUGGGCAUAAAGGCUUACCAGAUGAUUCUGGGAAGCUGGAACCCUGUAGGGGUGGGCCGCUACCUCAACACCUGGCUGGCAGAGACCAAGGACCAUCGACAGCGAUAUCGGUCCCUGUUCCUGGGUGGAUCCAAGCGCUACCCCUCAGACCCGGCCAGGGACAGGCUCAUGCAGGAAAGGAUCACACCUUUUACCAAGGGGAAGUGCCCUCCAAUGGUGGAUUACAAUUCAGAUCCUACUCCUUAAAGCUGCAUAUGAAGGACAGCCUGUGAU